UCUCUCACUUCUUCCAUUCGUUCAUCAUCUAAUUCUCUCCCUGUUUUGGACCUCCUUGAUUGUAUGCUUUCUUUUUAAUCCUACCACGCAUGCCACGACAGUCCACCCUCCCACUCUCCGAGGAGUGGACGGAUCCCGAUGCCUAUGUCGACGCCCUCCUGUCCUUUGCGACGUCCUCCGCCCUGUUUAGACACCUGUGCGGGGGGGUCCAUUUGAUGGACUUUAUGAUCCGAGAGCCCGAUAUCUACACGACCUUGCUGCCGGAGUCAUGGCGCGCAUUCUUUGAUCUGCACGACGUCCACGACAUCCUGCACCUGCUGUUGUGGGAGGACCUGGAACCGCUCUUAGCGCAAAGUCGGUUGGAUGCGGAUCAGAACGGACAAGGUUGGCGCGGCGCUGCACUCCCUCCAGCUGAUUUUCUCGAGUACGUGCACACUAUUCGACGGUUGAGCUUGCGGAGAGAUUUCACCCCGCUACAUACCGGCAAACCUUCCAUUCCGAAAAAGAUCGCCGUGGGCAUGAACGUCAAGAAAUACCACGAGGUGGCGCAUUUCUCCCGAUACGUUGAUGAACUCUAUGCGACGGUCGCCGAACGGCGCGGGGACGAGAUCACCCACGUGGUGGAUUUUGGGUCCGGGCAGAGCUACCUGGGGCGCACGCUCGCCUGCCAUCCCUACAACAGGCAUAUCGUCGCAAUCGAACGGAAACAUCAGUUCAUCCGGGGGGCCAAGGGGUAUGAUGCCCAGGCGAAGCUGAUCGAGGAGAAGAAGGAAGUCAGGAUGUACAAUGCCAAGGAGAAUUGUCCGGAUUGCCGCAAAUGCCGGCGGCGCGCCGCAGCUGAGGCGGCCGAGACGUCUCCGGAGCCCGAGACGGAAGAGACCCCAUCGGACGGAGAUUCCGAAGUCGCCAUGUUCAACGUGUUCCGGGACAUCAGCCUGGAUCCUGACGAGAUUGGCUUCCAUCCGGCGGCCAAGGCACCGCCAAGACCGCAGAAGAAACAGCGCGCCGUCGAACCAGAAGAGCCGAAGCAUGAGGGAGUGAUGGACUACAUUGAGCAUGAUAUCAAGGAUGGCUACCUGGAGCCUAUCAUUCAGCACGUCGUGCAGUCGCCGACCGCGGAGGGCGAAACGUCGCAAAGCGUCGCGCAACCCGUGGACCCCCGGGUCAUGGUCAUCUCCUUGCAUUCUUGCGGGAACCUCCUUCACCAUGGGGUCCGUUCUCUGGUCUUAAACCCGUCCGUGAAGGCGAUCGCCAUGAUCGGAUGCUGCUACAACCUGGUGACGGAACGGCUGGGCCCCGCCACCUACAAACUGCCCGUCCUGCGGUCCAUGCACCCCCGGCUCACCAAGGAUGCCCUGGCCUACGACCCCCACGGCUUCCCCAUGUCGAAACGCAUGGAAGACUUCGAACACGACAGCGGAACGGGGGUCAAGAUCAACAUCACCGCGCGGUCCAUGUCGCUGCAGGCGCCCCAGAACUGGACUCGACAGGAGUGCGAGGGCUUCUUCACCCGCCACUUCUACCGGUCCCUGCUGCAGCGCGUCUUCGUUGACCGGGGAGUCGUGCCCAAGCCCACCAGCACGGAGGACCUCUACGGGGACGAGUCUGACUCGCCGCUGAUCAUCGGCUCGCUACCGAAGAAAGCCUUCGAAUCGUGGAACUCGUACGUCCGCGCCGCCGUCGAUAAGCUGAGCCGCAACCCGAACAACGGCGACAGGGUCAAAGCCGGCAUGGCCGACAUCACCGAUGAGGAGUUGAAUGGCUACGCGGAACGAUACCAAGCCAAAAAGAAAAACCUCAGCGUGGCCUGGUGCCUGAUGUCGUUCAGUGCUGCCUUGAUUGAGGCGAUGAUCGUGGUCGAUCGCUGGCAGUUCCUGCGCGAAGAUGCAUCCGUCAAGGACUGCUGGGUGGAGCCGGUGUUUGAUUUCGGCCUAAGCCCGAGGAACCUGGCGGUGAUUGGCAUCAAGCAUUGAUCCCCUCUGGUGAGGGUUUCGGAUUGCGUUUAUUGGACCAAUCCCCCUAAUUGCAUGUCACCAAAACGACAUCAAGUCACAGUAUUUGUCUACCUAGAUCCAGCAUAAUGAUCGCAAUGGUCCAUUUCACGCGGACCGACAUGACGCAGUGACGAAUCUUGC